AUGACAGGCCGGGACGCGCUUUCCGACGGGCGCUCCAGGAGCAGGGCGCUGGUGCCUGGUGGCUCCCCCACCGGUCCGCGCCCCCGAGGCUUCGCCAUCACUGACCUGCUGGGCCUGGAGGCUGACCUGCCGUCGCCUGCCGGCCCCGGGCCGGGAUCGGGCUGCGAGGGCCCGGCGGCCACGCCCUGCCCGGAUCCAGGGCUCGGCGGCCCCUGCCUGGCGCGUGGGGCCCUCCCGCUGGGGCUCGGCCUCCUCUGCGGCUUCAGCGCGCGGCCGCCCGUGGCCGCUCGGGCGCCCUGCCUGCUCCUAGCCGAUGUGCCGUUCCUGCCGCCCGAGGGGCCGGAGCCUGCUGCCCCGCAAGCCCCGAGCCGCCCGCCUCCCGCGCUGGGCCGCCAGAAGCGCAGCGAGAGCGUCUCGACGUCCGAUGAGGACAGUCCGUCUGAAGACAGGAGUGAACUGAAGGCGUCCCACACCCCAAGCAGGAGGAAGAGGCGGCGGCACAGGACUGUUUUCACUGCCCACCAGCUGGAAGAGCUGGAGAAGGCAUUCAGCGAGGCCCACUAUCCUGACGUGUAUGCCCGGGAAAUGCUUGCUGUGAAAACUGAGCUCCCUGAAGACCGAAUACAGGUCUGGUUUCAAAACCGGAGGGCCAAGUGGCGCAAACGGGAGAAGCGCUGGGGCAGCAGCAGCGUGAUGGCGGAGUACGGGCUCUAUGGGGCAAUGGUGCGACACUGCAUCCCGCUGCCUGACUCUGUCCUCAACUCCACUGACGGUGGCCUGGUUGGCUCCUGUGCACCCUGGCUCCUGGGGAUGCAUAAAAAAUCCAUAGGGAUGAUAAGGAAACCAGGAAGUGGAGAAAAGAUGGCAGGACUCUGGGACUCUGACCACUUCAAGGAAGGUUCUAGCCCAAGUCAGGCAGGACCCCAGAAACGCUCAGACGAAGGCAGCCCUGAGAACAGCUUGGAAGAUGUGGCCACUGACCUCUCCAGCUCCGCCAGGCAGGAGACCAAGAGAGCAUACCAGGGGGCCAGCUCCCAAGGAUGCUCAGACUCCGAGGGGCUGGAGGGGCUCCUGCCUGGGAGGGUGGGGGCUCUCUGAGGCCCACAGGUCCACCCUCGAAGGCUGGAAAUGGGUGCCUUCCUCCCUGGUAUUGUUCAAGUUGUCUAAGAUGAAUCAUCUCAGUUGGAUUUUCUUCUUACGGUGUCAGGAUAAAACUCAAUGCCACUUGCUUAAAGAAGACAAACAGGUGACUUAGGGAAAAUUCUAUUUCACUCUAGAAUGGAAACCAAUCCUUAAACGCACUUGAACCAAUUAAUCUGGUGUAAAAUUUUACUUCUCGUUUGUAGAACUCGAGGAGGGAGGAUUUAAAGUCCAAAAAGCCUAUUUACCGCUGGCGUCAUGCGAGAGUGGGUUCAACACACUCUGCAGAUUAACAGCUUAGGUCUGAUUCGCACCCUGAAUUUGAAACUAUGGUUAUUUAACCCCCAGAGAAUCAGAUGUCUUUAUAAAUAGUGAAGACCCCGCACAGACGUAUUGAAUGAAUUAUUAUCUUUACCUUGAACUUAGCUUUGGAUAUUGCAGUUUCCUUGUUUGGCAACAAUUUUGUGUUCUGCUGAGUGUCACUUGAUAGGCUCUGCACAAUGGAACUCAAACAAAGCAAGCCAUACUUCCCUUCCUUCUGGGAUAGCACGGGGCCACACUGCAACAGCUGCUGAGCGUGUAGAAACAGUGUUUGAAGGGCAGAUGAGGCUUCUUGCUCUUUUAAAAUUUCCGUCUGACAGCACUGUGGUGGCCGGGACUGCAUGCAUGUUUCCUUCCCUGUAUUUCCUCUGCUGUUCAUUUAACAAUAAAUGUCGUGUGCUGUGUUUGCUUCUCGAGGCACUCCUUCUGUUACACACGUACACACCUGUCACCGCUGAGCCCCUGACACGGGCUCCCCUCUCUCACUCCUUUUCAAUCUCAGAACGUCUCAGGCUGUCAUUCUUCAGCCUGCAGCUCUAAUCAUGUGUAGCUCUGUAAACGUCUAUGGGGCAGCAGCCACGUCAAAUUCACCCUCCAGAGUUCAGAGUCCGGAGAGAGCUUACAUCUCAUCGAGGGGGAAAUGUGGACGUUCAUGAAGAAGGCAGAGCAAAGAAGGAAAGUGGGGAAGCGCACUUUCGAGGCUUCCUCUGGAAAUCAGCACGUUGUAAGGCUGGGCCUGUUCUCCCUUUCUCCAGAUGAGAAAACAGAGGCUCCCUUCGUUUGGCCUCUUUUUUAUCAUCCUAGGCUAGUUCCAUACUAUUGUGAGAACUAAGUGUCACCUGUUCCUUACUGCAGAAUCGGAAAAUGAGGAGCCCUAGCUGCUUCUCUUCAUUCUGGCCAGUAGGGAUCAUGGCUGCCGCCCGAGCCUGAAUGGUGAAAGAGCAGGUGCUGGUGAAGAGCUCUCAAGUCAUCUUCUAUCUGUCCUGUCUAGAGGCAGCAGACCAGGCUCAGAGCUACGCAGCCACACUUGUUCUGGACCGUCUUUGCCUACCAGCUGGCUCUCAGGUUCUCGCUUCCAUCUCUCUGCCUUAGUUUAUUCAGGGUUGAGUUUUGAGGAGGGAGCCAGUAAUCUGUGCAACUUAUAUACAUCACACUCAUAAAAUACAAUAGUUUGCAGCCGCUAAAUAACAACAAAGCAUAUUUAUUUAUGUGGAAUGAUGUUCAUGAAAUAUUGUUGAGU